AUGUGGGGAACCGACAAGGCGGGAGCCAGCAUUCUCAAGAACCCGAACGACCUCGAUACGAAACGAUUCGACGUGCCCGUACAAAUUGAUGACGUCGCGUCUCGCUUUGUCGACAACAACAACAAUCACAACAACCACAUUACGAUCGAUCACGUCGUGUGCGGUCCCACGGACACGGCUUGGAUUCUCACGGACGGGCGUGUGUGGGUGCAUGGCGAGAACCAGUCGGGACAUCUCGGUGUGGGACACCGCAACGUGGUGCCCCAACCCGUCCCGCUGGUCUGGCCCGAUCCGGACACCGCCCCACGGAUCGCGUCCGUCGCACUCGGCGCCUCUGCCGCGGCCUGGAUCGACACGGACGGUGACUUGUACACCACCGGGUACGGCGGGUCGGCCUUUGCCGGUCGCGGAGCGCUCGGACACGGACCGGAUCACGAUGGACGGUACGUCCUACAACCCACCCUGGUCACCUCACUCGUCGAAGACGGAGUGUAUGCCCGACAAGCACAAGUGGGCGAAGCCCACUUGACCGUACUCACCACCGAAGGCGAAGUCCUUACCGCCGGCGCCGGCAGUUACGGACGGCUCGGGAAUUUCGAAACCAUCGAUCAACUCUUUCUGGAACCGGUCGAAAUACUCACCUCGGGAGUCACGCAAAUCGCCGGAGGCAAGUCCUUUACACUCGCCCUGCACGAGGACGGAGUCCUCUACGGCUGGGGCCGCAACCACAAGGGACAACUCGGGACCGGCCUGGGCCUCGCCGUGGACAUGUACGCCAUGCAGGCCGUGCCGGAACCCAUCGAAGGGGACGAACUCCGCCACCGCGUCGUCACGCAAGUCGCCGCCGGACACUCCCACGCCACCUGUCUCACCGAAAGUGGCGAAGUCUUUUACUGGGGAGAUUCGGUCUACCUUGAACCCACCCGCGUCGACGCACUCCUCGGCGUACGGAUCGUCGAACUCGCCUGUGGAGAACACUACACGCUCUGUCGCGACGAACACGGGAAACUGUACAGUUUCGGCAAGGGCAAAACCGGAGUCUUGGGACAAGGGGGUGCCGUCAAACAAGCGAAUCAAGCCGCCCACCUGGAAGCCUUGGACGGUGUCUCCGUCACGGCAAUCUCCGCCGGGUGGAAACACGCGGCCUGUUUGGCCACCAACAGUACCCCCACCACAAUACAGUGA